GUAAUUGUUUAAAAUAAUUUCACGUCAUAGAUUAAAAUUUAAGAUGGCGGACAACAUCAUUAGCUGGAUAUCUUAACUACACCGAUGGAUGUCUUAAUCAAUGGAGUAUCAAGUAUGAUUCCACCCAUUGAUCGAUAAGCUUUAUGUCUACCUUUUCACAUACAGGAAUGAUCAUUGUGCAUCCAUUGCUGGUGCCUUUUGUAAACCAGCUUUAUACCCCUACACGACAAGAGAUAGAGUGGGCCGAACAAGUCACGGCAGGAGUAAGGGUCUAUCAGCGAACACCCCAGGAGUACCGGGAGUUCAUUGGUCCUCCUCAUCUUAACGGUGCUACCCACAUCCUGGAGACACACAGAAAGAUCCAGGCAUUGGAAUCAUCCGUAAGUAUAAACGAUAGACCGCAGGGUAAAUCCAAUGAAAAUCCGGGCAUCGUUAUUCCACUAAUACGGAAAGGAGGACUCACAGGCAACUCAAUCAAAGGAGGAGAAUGGACCACAGGAAUCGUACCUGUCAACUUGGAUUCGUCUUGGCGAGCUGCCUGGGACUCUUCAUUUUUCAACGCUCGGAGUGUGAACAGUUCAGACCUGACAGCAAAGAAGAUGGACCUCCCGGGAAUCCAGCCUCCCUUCCAUCUACUUGCGACAUUGACGAUGUCUUUGUCUGUGGCAAAGUCAUCAGAAGUCGCCCGAUUUAAUCUCGGUACUCUCAAUGCCGUGCAGCUGAGGCCUAUAACAGAAGGAGAAACUGUCAGAGCUUACUUCUCUAUCGACAGUGUGGAGGACGCAGGGAGAAGCGGCAAGUACUCCGUGGUGACCAGCUCUCAAAUCCUGGUCAACCAGCGAGAUGAAGUCGUGUUCCGGGCAACGAAGCAGACCAUGUACCCAAAGCUGGCAGCUGCAAAGUUAGAAUUACCCAAGAAGAGGAAGAGUGAGAUUCCGACUGUCUCGGAGCUUCGCAGACGCGUUGUUCAGAACGCAACAUUUUGUGGGAACGCAAGUAGUCCACCUUUGGUGCCUAAUCAGUUAUAUGUCCAUCGAAUGGUCAAAGUCUUCACCCCCACUGAAGCCAAGGGACUAGCUACUCUGAUACGAGCUACGAACCAACAUCACCUCAACGUCAAAAAAUUCAACACAGAAGAUCUUGUAGCAGCAGGGCCUCUGGUUGAGGCGGCAACUGUCCACAAUGUUGCUGACGAUUUUGGAGACAUCUUGUAUCAAGAGGUUGUGAAGUCUUCAAAUGUGAACCGAACGAACCAGGAGGACAUGAUCGGUUCAGUCAGCUACAUCCACAGUAUCCAGCAGCUGGCAGAGAAUCCAGAUCUAGAGGAGGUGACCGUGCGUACUCUGGGGAUUAAGAACUUGGACGUGGAAGAAUUACUGGAGAGAGAAGUUCCGGUGAGACUUUUCUCUGGAACCAGAAUGAAAACCAGCGACUAUGAAGAGAUCUGCAGGGAGGAUUUCCCCUUGCUCUACCGAAGGAUUGUUACUCAAGUUCUGUGGAAGUUUCUCCGCCUCCGGCCUCUUUCUUCUAGCGACGAGGUACCCGCGGAGAUUCAGCCCAAAUUCUCCUGAUCCAUACAUUCGGGGGUGAACGGGAGGGUCGGUCAUGGUUGUCUUCUUUUUUAUUACAACAUUUAAUGACAAAAAUAUGGCGACAUGUUCAAGCUAAAGUUUAAGUUAAUGUCGCUAUCUAACAAUACAAAAACACAUCAAAACAGACACAGACAUGCAAAGCUUAAUGAUAACACUGUAGAAUAAACAAGGUAACAAUAUAAUGCAUAUGGCUAUGUUACUGUGAUCAUAUAAAAUAUAUAAAGAGGCAUUGUAUAUGCAAGGAAAUUGCAACUAGGUAGGUACUUCGACCAAAGUUACAAACAGGUCUGUGACAUGACCUAACAGUUUUUAUAAACAAGUUGUCUGGUUGUGGGUGAAGGGUGUGGUUGGUAGUUGACUUAAUUUUAACUAAAAUUCGACUCGAUUUGUAUAAAAGGUAGGCGUGGCUUAUUCUGGUUAGGCUGCUUCCGAAUGUCAGCCGACAUUGGACGGCCAGUGUUCAGGUUCGGAAUGUUUGCACAUUGUUUCAAAUUGUAAUGUUCUGUGACGGGUCAUUAAAAUUAGUGGCAAUGUUCAAUGUAAAGGUGAAAGAUUAGGCAUUGUUUUUGCGAUCACACUAUUCUGUAUUAUCUCAAGUAAAAUCUGGUGUGUUAUGGUUUAUGUUUAUGGUAAUAAAUGAAUCAAACAGCUCAUUCAUUAUUCCAUAGUUUUAUGAUAACAAAAUGCUUUUAAACUCCUUCGAAGACUUAAAUAAAAAAUGUUACUUAUGGCAAUAUUGAAAGAUAGAGGCUGGGAUCGGAAAAUAACAUUUAGAUCUACUCAAAUAAAGCUUAUUAUUAUCGUU